AUGGAUGAUGGUACGAGGGACUACAUCCGGGACUUGGAAGCAAAACUCGAGGCCCAAGGAGCUGCGGCGAGGGAUCGAGAAGCCGACACAGCGGAAACCAUCCAGAGUCUGCUGGAAGACAACGAAAUUCUUCAACAAAGAAAUCAACAACUCGAAUGGGAGCUCGACAGCCUCCGUGAUCGACUCCAGGACGCCACGGCCUUAUCAGAUGCGCGCGGCAAAGAACUCAUAAGCGCGCAGACAUUCCUAUCAACUGCAGAUAAUAUCUCGGUGUCCGAAGUUAUCAGCAAGAUUGCCGCUUUAAACGAGGAAGUGUUCCAAAUCUCAGCUUUCCUCGGGGACUGCCUGAUCUGCCGGCAUGAACCGCCCACACCCGAACAAGACCUUCAAGAAAUCUUCGAGACACUGCAAAGGCGUCUCGGCACCGAGAUCGCAUUCGCACUUUCUCAGCAACCGCAUACCGAGGAGAAAGAGCCAAAUCGAUUACUCGCACAAAUGGUCCUUCAGAUCAAUCUCGUGAAGUUUUGUUUUCGGAAGAUUCGCGCAUGGCAUUCUGAUGGAGAGCUUCACCAUCUCCUGGGAGACAUCUUCCACGGGAUUCGAUCUUCUCAACAACAGGCUGUUUCUGGCCGUUGGAGAGCCUUGACACGUUCAGAGAUCGAAUUUUCGUCCGAAACAUGGGAGAACGAAGUAAUGGCAUCAAUUUCCAAAAUAUUUGCCGUAGCCAGAUGGGACUUCCCAGGCCCUGAUCAGCGCACAUCCUUCCAGCGUCAACUCUCCACUCUGUUCAAUGCAAUUAAAGAAAUACGAUUGGUCCUUGGCCAGCAAUUCACCUCUGCGGACCUUGAAGUUCGCAUUCCCCGCACGGACAUGGUUUAUGACCCAACACUCCUGGACGAAGCGUACUCCGACGGAAGAGCAUCAGAAAGAGAGGCUAGGGCUGAAGAAGUUGCUGGAACGAUAGAGAUGGGACUGGUCAAGGUGCAGCCGCUUCAAGGAUCCGAACGCCUUCAAGAAGAAAUUCUGCUCAAACCCAAGGUCCUAUUAGGUCCUACCCUGAGAGAAGCGCUGCAUCCUCCAUCAGGAACAAGUUAUUGUAGGGAAGAGAGACGUGAAAGAAUGCAUCGGCCCUUGGAGGGAAAGAACUGA